AUGGAUAGUAGACACAAAUGCAAGCUUUGUUCAAGGUCUUUCACCAAUGGCAGAGCCCUUGGUGGUCACAUGAAGGCUCAUCUCGCUACUCUCCCUCUUCCUCCAAAGCCUCAAACGUUGACUCACUCUUCCUUCUCUUAUUCCUCUUCCUCAGACUCUGAACAAGAAACGCUCAAAGAAGAUGAUUCUCUUAGUUACGGGCUGAGGGAGAAUCCUAAGAAGACAGUCAGAGCAACGGAUCCUGAAGACAGAGAGAGCGAGACCGAGUCAAAGAACCCAACUCGCCAACGAUCCAAGCGCAACCGGAAAUCCACCAUGCUGAAGCUCAGCUUCGUGGUGUCCACACCUCUCAACGCCGAACCCGAACCUGUGAGCUCAGUCUCCGACACCUCUCCUGAGGAAGACGUGGCCAUGAGCCUCAUGAUGCUCUCCCGCGACAAGUGGAACGUAGCCACCAAUGCGGGUCCACCUCAGAGAUCAAAGAGGUGCUGCACCGGAUCAGAGACCAAGCUCAAGAAACUCCGCGGGAAGCAUCUCUGCCACACUUGCUGCAAAUCCUUUCGAUCCUCUCGCGCCUUGGGGAGUCACAGAACCAUUUGUUGCCGUCAAGAGGAAGCUCAACAUCAAAACAACAACAAUAGUAUUAAGGUUUUUGAAUGUCCCUUUUGUUACAAAGUGUUCGGGUCGGGUCAAGCUCUCGGUGGUCACAAGAGAUCUCACCUAAUCCCUUCCUCCUCUUCAACAGUAAAUGAUUCCAUCAAAUUGAAACAGAGCUUCAUAGAUCUCAACUUGCCGGCGCCGGCCGAAGAGGACGAUCUUAGUGUUGUCUCUGAUGCCUAA